AUGCUUCUAAGAAAUCUCACUUCUUGGGACACCAUGAUAACAUGGCUUGCUAAAAACGGCCACAGCGAAGAUGCAAUUGAAAUAUUCAGGAGGUUCAAAAAGGUGGGAUUAAAGCCUGAUAAUCAAAUGUUUCUUGGUGUCCUCACUGCUUGUAGUGUGGUAAGAGACAUAAGAAAAGGGCUAUUGCACUUGGAGUCCAUGAUCAAGACUUACAAUCUUGCUCCAUCCAUGGAUAAUUUGCAUUGCAACAAUAAAAUCUCCUCCAGCUUUUUAGGAAACCAAAGCUCUCGUCGGUGGCCGCAGGAUUGGAAAUGGUACAUUUUUUAA